AAUUUACUUUCUUUUAUAUUUCUCUAAGUAUUUAUGAGUUAAAAAUCCUUAAUUUUCAACGUAACCAACUGUGAAAAAGUGUCGAUAAACAAAACAUCGAGAGGAAGUGCAAUUUUUAUUCAAGUUAGGUCCAGCAUGCCUCAGCCAUGGGACACAAUAGUGGUAGGACUGGGCUCAGCUGGUACCACGGCUGCGUCUAUUCUCGCCAGCGCCGGACGGAGGGUGCUGGCGUUGGAAGCGCAGGACAGAAUCGGUGGAAGGGUGCUGACUGUGCCUUUUGGUGAUGGGGUUGUUGAGGUUGGCGCUGAAUGGAUCCACGGCACAAAACGCAGCAGGGUUUUUGACUCUGCGAUAAACAACAAUGUAUCAGUAGUUCCCCAAGACCUCGCCUUCAGUGUCUUCAAUUCCGACGGCAGUUCUGCUGACAACGCACUCAUAAAUGAGCUUCUAGACUUCUGUAUGGGGGCCGUGGAACGCCCCGAGAGACCUGAGCCUUUAGGCCAGUUUAUAACGAGGAAACUUAUGGACUACCUAAAAGAGAAGCAUCCAGACGUGCUCAAAAACAAAGAUUUCCUCGAUGAAUUCCUGGAAUUGAUGAAUUUAUUCAUCAACAACUAUGAAGCCUCAAAUGACUGGAAUGACGUGAGCGCGCAGACGAAUUACGCUGAGUUGGGUGGACACCAACAUAUGAGUUGGCACAGACACGGUUAUAAGACCUUUUUUGACAUUCUAUUGAACACGUACAAAAACGGCCCAGGCUGGCCAACUCUAGAAAUCAAACUAAAUAAAGAGGUGACACAAAUAAAAUGGCCGAAAGACUCGACGGGUAAAGUGCAGGUAGUCUGCAAAGAUGGCGACGUGUUCACAGCUGACAAUGCGAUAGUUACAGUGUCUCUCGGAGUACUAAAGGAAAGGCACACAAAUCUAUUCGUCCCAUCGCUACCAAAAGACAAAAUAGAGUCCAUAGACAAGGUACCAAUGGGGGUGAUGGACAAAAUAAUAUUGAGUUUCGACACGCUUUCGCUACCGGACGGGACUUUUUUCGGGUUUCUGUGGAGGGGGGCGGAUAAAAGGAGGGUUAGGAAGGAGGAUUACUGGACGACAAGGAUAUUUGGAUGUAGCAGACCCAUGGGCUCGGGAACUGCGCUCACUUUUUGGACUUCUGGCGACGUCGGGAAAUUGGUAGAAACUUUACCGGAGGACGUAGUCAAAAGGAAAGUGGUGGAACUUCUGAGAAUGUUCAUGGGAAAAAAUAUGACCGUUACAGAACCGACUGGUAUUAUAAGAUCUAAUUGGUACACCAACCCGUUCACUCGAGGCAGCUAUACAUAUGAUAACCUUGAAGUUAAGAAGUACCCGAACGCCCGCGCGUCGCUAGCGGAGCCCCUGCGAGACUCCGCCGGGAGACCUAAGGUAUUGUUCGCUGGCGAGGCAACAGACCCCACCCAUUUCUCAACAGUACACGGUGCCAGCGAUUCAGGUUACAGGGAAGCUAUGAGAUUAUUGCCUAACAGUAAAAUAUAGCGUAUCCUAUAUUUUAUACAGGGUUGUGUAAACAUACCAGAAACCUCUCGGCCUUGUAAUUUCUAUC